GGUUAAGUGGAGUGGAGGAAAUUCAUCGUCGGCCAUGUUGGAGUUGACGAUGGUCCUUAACGCUAGAGGUGAGCGGAUGGCGGGGGUCAAACACGUUGCUCUUCGUUGGGCCAAACACGCUGGGUACGGCAAGAAGCUUUAUGACAUUUUCAAUCCGCCAAGGACGGAGAAAUUGACGUUGCCGGACCUUCGAGUGGUUUUCGCAUUCUUCGACAGACAUGUGGUCGCAGGGCAUGAGCCGGUGGUGCAUGCUUCCGACCGCACAUCUGAACCGAAAAGUGUGCUUUCGUCGUCUUUGGAAGCGGCUCUUUCGUCGAAACCAAUCAUUAUAGGUGUCCGCCCUCCGCCAUCACUUCGGACUACGGUUGCUGCAACACGAGUUUCGAAAUCAGGGCAGAUCGGGGAAAAAGGUCCGUGUCGCGGCCAAAUCGUACCAUCAGCCCCUGUGAAGCGUAGACCAACAUCAACAAAGGAACCCGUUUCCUUGGUCCAUCCGCCGCGCUAUGAGUUGGCCAUUCCUGCUAGGCCGCAUUAUUUUGGAGAUGAGGACGAGGAGAACAACGAAGAAGAAUGCGAGCGCGAUGAAGAACGCGAAGAAUAUGAGGAGGGUGGGGAAGAAGAGGAAGUAGAGAGUGAGCAUAGAAUCAGCGAGAGGGGUGGGUCGGGCGAGUUGGAGGGUCGUCUAGGGGUUGAGUAUGAGGACGAAGGGCAAGAAGAGGAAACGACCGGCGAGGGAGGGUAUGCAGAUGUGCAUCGGGGUUCCAAACGAACGCAGCUGCUCGCGCCGGGUCAUGGGCAUUGGGAAGCGGUUCCAGGGCGCGGGGAAAUGCACCGCGAAGUUGGGGUCGAGCCGGCGCAUGCCGAUGCAGUCCGACUAGCUGAGAAGAAAAGGAAGAUGAAGCAAGAGAGGAGAAGUGCUUUGGAUAGUAAGAAAACCAAGCAGGAGGGGGGAGCCAAGCAAGAGGAGGGCAAACGCAAGUUGAAGAUGCUGGCAGUUGAGGAGGCCGUCCAACGUACGCGGGAGGCUGAGGAAGCCAUGAAGAAAAAACGACAGCCAAGGAAAAAAACAUCGAAGGGAGGUGUGAUGGAAAAAACUUUCGUUUUUCCACCGGACCAGCCACAGUCGGAUGAAGACGCUGUGGGCAAGACAAUCACCAGACUGCCCGGUUUGCAGAUUCUGCCGCCUGGGAAUUCUUCUGGUCAUCUGAGCAAAGGCUUCUUCUUAGAGUUCGACGAGAAUGCUAUCAGAGAGAGAACGACCGGGGCAGCAGGGGUGAAUAUAUGUGCAUUGUAUGAGAAGCCUGUCCUUUUGUUGAUUGGGCUACAUGAUACAAUGCAUACUGACGCUUCUGGUACGAAUGUGAGGGCGAGAAGAGUGACGCCCGGCGAAUUCGAUCUCCAAUCCGUGCGCAAGUACUACUGGUACCCUCUCAGUGGUAAACACAAUGUUGCGGAGGCGAGGAAAUGUUCUCAAGAACGCCCUGACAUCGCCCGUGAGCUCCGUUUGGAUUGCUGGACUGCAAAGCCUGUUUACUAUCCGGAUAGGAGCGUGGAGAAUUACUGCACCUUGAGCACUUUCCAAAAUGCGAAGGACAAAUGGAAUACUCCUCCGCACCAGAUUGCUAUCAUUAAGAAUAAACGAAAGUUGUGGCAAGCAGCCGGUACUCCUCCGCACCAGAUUGCUAUCAUUAAGAACAUACGAAAGUUGUGGCAAGCAGCCGGUCGUCUAGAAGCUACAGGUGGAUCUGCUGCAGACGUCAAAAAUAAGGAUUACAGAGAGUUUGCGGCGAUGGCUCUGCGCGCGACCGGGAGUGAUCAUUUAAUUACUCUUUCACUUCAAGCUUGGAGCAAGAAGUGGUCCGACUUCCUCGGGCUUUACAUGGUAUUGGCAAGGGCAACGGACGAUGUGUUCGACAAGGUGCAACAAGUGUAUUCUGCUUGGGAGAGUGGACAGUUGCCGGAGAGAGAUGGUGUGAAGCCUGCCACCAAACAAGGUGAAUCGGGGAAAGCGCCGAGACCUGGCUCUGGAUUUGAGUUGGAAAAAGGAGUCAGGGUUCCAGUGCAUUGGAUUCAGGGUACUAGAGGACCUGGUUACCUCGUGGCUGUGCGCGAUGCGGAUGUCAGAUCAUGGAAGGCUAUGUCUACGUUGGGGAGGCGUGAGAAGCCUCAGCUGUUGCGAGACAUUCUCGCGGGAAGUGUCAUACUGGCUCCAAGGCUAAGUAAAGCUGUUCACACUGCCGAGAAACAUUCGAUGGAGACAUACGUGGAAAUGGUGAAGCAGGAAAGAGCAAUGUUGAGAAUGUUUCACUACUUCGUCUUCAUUUCUGACCCUCACAAAAAGCCGUUAGAGUGGAAGGAACCAUUCUUCGAUAACCUUUCUGAUUUGUUCGUUAAGUAUUGUGAUCAAGGAUUGACAUCGGAGAGGUGGAUCGACCAGCGACGAUAUUUCAAAGAAAUGAGUUGGGUGCGGUCAUUUCCGGCUACACUUGGAGGUGAGGAUGAGAAAGGAGAGGAGAGCUUCAAGAAAACAAAAUCGCUUGCAAACAAAUGCCCCGAUGAGUUCAUUCAAUUUGUCAACAAGUUGUUGGGUAAAUCUGAAACCAAGGGUUCGCAUAGCAUUCGUAUGUCGGGACAAGCGAUAUAUAUAUAUCUCCAGAAACAGGACGUGACAUCUGUAUUCAUGCCGUUCCAGUGGGAACCGAGCGAUGUUUCAGACGAGAUGGAUUGCAAGGAGAUGUUUAGAGUCGUCAGACACCUGACUUGCCACACAGCCAUCCUGGAUUUGUGCCGCCCGACCCAGAUGGGUGCGUGGACUAAACAAGUGUUUGAUAGACUCAAGAAGUUCAUGGACAAACUUGGCGGCGAGUAUUGGACAUUGUUGUGCUUCGUUCCACGCUCUUGCGAGUUCACAUUCUUGAGGCGAGUCGCGAUGUGGGACAUUCACUUGGAUCUUCUCAAAUGGACUCGUCUACAACAAAUAAAGGGGAAAGUGACAUAUAAGGUUGCAAAAUUGUCUUUGGAGGACACAGACAGAAUGGUGGCCAUCAUGUACUCCAACGACGGGGAUUUUCAUCGCAACACUAUUUCCUUGUUUGAAGAUAUUAUAGCUGCAGGUCCAUCAUCUGCCGAGCAAGUGGCUUACAUAUCGGCACUUGUGCGGAGAGAAAGAAAGCCGAAGAUGUUGACUGAUGUUGUGGAGAAGAAUUUUCUAUCAUCAAAGUGGAAAAUGGUAGGUAUGGAUCCACCGGAGAAAGUGGUCUAUGAUGGUAUGGAAAGGGAGCCGAAUGCGAUGGUGGAGACAUUGGAGCAUUUUUGUCCUGCGGAUAAGGAUGUCGUUUUCCUCGGGAAAGGUCAUGCGGGAUUGAUUUGGGAGCUGUUAAAGAGUCACCGUCAUUGCAUUGUGCUGGAAGGGGAGGGUAUGAAGUUCGAGUUCCUCACUCAGUUCAUUGACAAGAUGGUCAAAACUCGAGAUUACUACGCCAACUUUACUAAGCCGCCUCCUCGACAUGAUGAAGGGCGUGAUCUCGUCUACAAGGUUGACCAAAACGUGGUCAAUAUUUGAGAGUUUCUCUUCGAAACAAAGCCGCAAGACAGAG